AUGCUGGUCUUCCAUCAAGAGGACUUUCGAAGUAGAUUUGACCGGCUCUACGACAUUCGGCAUGACCUUCAACUCGUGACCAAAAAUGGGCUGGUUGGUUUCACAAGCACUCUGUUGGCCUCGUUUGCCAUUACCUUGCAGCAUGCGGGCGCGUAUCGCAAGAACAUUCUACGACGUGCCGGCGUCGACCCCGAAACACUAAAGGAGAAUAUCCUGACCACAUUGAGAGUGAGAUUCCUCGAUGUACUCUCGCUUGGCUCCCUCGAGGUGGUUCAGACGUGCGUCUUACUGGGCAGUUAUUACCUCUACUAUGGUCGCCCGGAGCUGUCAUGGCCAAUCUGCGGCUGCGGACUAAGGGUCGCGCAAGCCCUCAACCUCCACCGAAAGCUAGCUACUUCCGACAGCACCUCCCGGUCGCCUGGGUCCCAGUCCAACGAAGUCCGGAAGCGGACAUGGUGGGCGGUAUACGAGAUUGAGACGAUUUGCUCGAUGCUAUACGGCUACCCGUUGACCAUCUCGGAGCAUGAUUGCGAUGUCGAGACCUUGGAUCCGCAUGCCGAUCAGCAGAACUACAGACCCUCACCUCUCGCCAGGGACUCGUCGAUCAAUGUAGCGACAUUACUAUCGUACAAAUACUUCAUGUCGAAGCUACUGAUGAUUGUCCGAGCCGGCCUCACCGAUCUCUACCACGUACACCAGCACCCGGCCAAUCCGGGGACCUCAUCAGCGAACCGGACUACUCGCCUACAGCAACUCAUUUACCAAGUGGCGGAGCUCGACGACCGACUGCGUCACUGGCAUCAAGAACUUCCGCCCACACUCCGGCUGGAGAAUGUGGAGGCAUCGGCGUCGAGCUACCAUCUACGGGAAGAAAUCGACGCUGAUAUUGGAGCGUCGGGUGCCAGGUUCGAAAGCCACAUCUUUCAAUUACAAGCCUUGGCCUUGAGUUUGGCCUUUGAGAAUGCCAGAAUCCUGGUUCACCGCCCACUCCUGUCUUACAAGAUCAUUCCUCCAGCUCCUACUGAUCCACAGGGCAAGGGCAUGGCCACUUUCCCAUCUUCCGCAGCCUCGAACCCUUUCCAGCGGUCGAUACAGGCAUGCCGUGAAGCUGCUCUACGGACCUCUGCGGUGGGAUCCACCCCCAUUUUCCACUAUGCCUCGACAACCUACGCGGCUGCCUUCUUUGGCAUGCAUCUCUUCACUGCCGGAGUUACCCUGUGCAUCCUGGCCAGUCUAGCACCGCUGAGCAUGCAAUCUCAAGAGGCCAAGAUUGGUGUCCACCGUCUCCUGGAAAUGCAGCUGUCAUUGAAAGAGUCCUCUAACCUCGCUGCCCAGAGCCACCGGAUCCUGAAGAACUUGGCCGACCUGAUUUUGCAGAAGGAAAAGGAAAAGAUGUUUGAAUUCUCGGCCCUGGAGGAAGCGGCCCAGACAGUUCCAAUCGUCGACGGAUGGCCUGAACAUUCCAGAAAGGACAUCGGCGAGAGUCUCCCUCGAAUUUCGGACGCGAGUGCAGCCACAGUCGAAACUCAAGAUAAUGCUUCACUACCGGCAACGGGCGACUUGGGAGAGACGUCCAUCUUCAACCCAGACUAUGGAAUCAUCGACUUUGACUUUGACGAGAAUCCCAGCGUGACCAAUAUGCUGCUGGAUUUGGAACAAGCCAUGUACGACUCUUCUGGAGACACCACUGUGCCAGACAACGGUUUGUCAAAUUUGUCUAGCCAUCCCACGGGCAACGAUUAUAUUGAGCAGGAGGGAUGGAUCUGGGGAGUUGAUUUCUUCCCCGGUGCAAACGGCUAA